ACCUUGUCCCGAGAAAAACAAUAAUGGCUGCUCUUCGCUGCGUUAUUUCUUUGAUACUGCUAGCAGGUCUAGUGCACAGCUAUCCAGGAGUUCGGCAGAAGCCGCCAGUGCCGAAAUAUGGAAGCAUUGAACCACAUAAUGACGAGUGGGAACGCUCCCGCGUUGCGGAGCAGAUUGAUGACCUAUCCGACGAGGAUGACGUUAACCCUUGGGAGUUGAGUGGAUUGUAUGAGGGAGAUAUGUUGCUUGAAUCACACGACGCACGCAAUGGGAUACUCAACGAGACCAUGCGCUGGCCCAACGCAACCGUUCCCUACUAUAUCGAAGAUGAUGAUUUCAUUGACGAACAACAGCUCGUAAUCCUUAAAGCCAUCAAGGAGUACCACAAGAAGACCUGUGUCAAAUUUCGUCCGUACCACAAAAGCGACACCAACUGGGUUGUGUUCCGCUCGAACGCCAGCGGCUGCUGGUCCAGUGUGGGAAUGCAAACCGGAGGACAGACGGUUAACCUGCAGUCUCCAGGAUGCGUUCGGCAUGGGGUUGUAGUCCACGAGCUGCUACAUGCUUUGGGCUUUUUCCAUCAGCAGAGCGCCUCCAAUCGGGACGAAUACGUUCGCAUUGUGUGGGACAACAUCGAGCCCGGCCACGAGCACAAUUUCAACAAGUACAACGACAGUGUGGUAACCAGCUACGGGACCGAUUAUGACUAUGGCAGCGUGAUGCACUACAGUGCGAAGGCGUUCUCGAGGAAUAAGCAGCCAACAAUAGAGGCUCUGGAAGCAAAUGUAACCCUGGGUCAGCGGAAGGGACUCAGCGAGAAGGACGUCACAAAGCUGGACCUUAUGUACGAGAGCAGGUGCGCUGAACGAGCCAACGGGGAGGAACAUCCGGGCUUCCUGGAGCAGUUCAAUGCGCUGCUUGGGUUUACCACUGCCAACAUGGCUGCGUUUGGAAGAGUAUGAACGAAAAUGUGGGGGAAGAGUAAUCGAAUAGUGCAAGUGUUCAUGUGGUGUCUAUUUCAUAAACACAUUAUUCCACCUUUAAUUGUACAGUCGAAACAAUAAAAUGAAAUCAAUAUUA